AUGGCGCCGAAAAACAAGAAAAACCAAUCUCAGAAUAACACAGAUCGCAUCGAUUAUAGCGCUGUGCAGAAUGAUGAGAUUGCGGUUCUGGAAGCCAUCUAUGGAGAAGAUUUUCAGGACCAUGCCGCUACCAAUGCGUGGGGUGCAACCACCGAGCGCACUUUCAAACUUGUGUUGAGACCGCACACCGAGUCCGAUGCAUUCAUCACGUUAUCCGUCAAGUUCACGGCGACGUACCCAAGAACACCACCUCAGAUCCAAAUCCAAGGGUUGGAGAGCUUUCAUGAACGCACACAGACGCGUUUGCGCAAUGUGAUUGCUCUUUACACCAAGCAGGAUACGGACGAGCCGGUGAUAAACACCAUCGCCGAGGAGAUGCGUGAAGCUCUUGAGGACGCCAUCUUGGCUCGUCAGCAAGGCGCUCUCCCCAGUCUGGACGACGAGCGUGCCAAUGCUUCGGAAGCUGCCAGGGCACAGUUCGCGGCCGCCAAGGAGGCAGAAGACAUCCGGCGCAGAGAAGCCGAGGAAGAAGAGGCACGUACGCUCCAGCAUCUUCUGGACGAGGAAGUCAAGAGGCAGAAGCGAAAGUCCUACAAACCUGCCUUGGAACGUAGGAACAGCAUCAACGCCGACUCCGGCACCAUCACAUUCGACGAAGCUGGUAUGAUUCAAGUCGGUAGCGAGACUCAGUCUUUUACCAGAGUGACAUGCACAGGGCUUCUCUCGAAGAAUCGCACAUAUAUUGGAACACCGCAUGUCUCCACUGCCUCCAAGCCUCUUGUUGCUGUCAAGCGCAGAGUCUUGAAGAAGGACAGAUCAGAGAUUAUCAUUCUAGAGUCGGUCCUGAAGGCUGCAGUGCUACUAUCGCACGCAAACCUCUUGAAUGUCCUUGCAUAUCGUGUUGACAAACUUGACGAGCACAGCUCCGAACUGGUCCUGUGUCGGGAGUAUUCCGACAGGGGUAAUUUGUAUGACCUUCUCUCGAUGAGUAAUUUGCACGUGAGUAAAGCUCGACAAUGCACCACCGACCUUCUAGGAGCGCUUGACUACCUCCACAGCAAGGGAAUGGUGCAUGGAAGUAUCAGCGCAAAAACAACCUAUCUCACAGGUCAGCCUUCUCUAUCACCAAAACUGGCUGGUUUUGGCUAUGCCUCGCUUUUAGGAGAGCAUCAGCCAAUUGUGUCAGCCAGUUGGCAGUCACCGGACGGCGCAGCCUCAUCUCAGACUUCAAAAAAGAAGUCUGACGUGUGGGACCUGGGUGUGCUGGUCGUGCAGAUGUUCUUGGGACUGGAUGCUACUACAGACUACAUGUCCCCUGAAGACAUGAUCGACAAGCACAAUUUUUCUGACGCAUUCGAGGUUCUUCUUCACAAGUUUUUUGCCAUCGACAGUAAGAAGCGAUCAACCAGCUUCGACUUAAUGGCAUCCGAAUUUCUGCGGACAGAUGGUCCCGUGCUGAAGGAGUUUUCGGGUACGGCCGACGGUCACCAUCGUGGCAGUAAGUCAUAUGCUGGCCUGGAAAGUCCUCUGCGGCGUCGCUCACGACACAACUCAACACAUGCGCCCGAACAUCCAUCUCGUUAUUUGAACGACUUCACUGAGCUUCAAAAGCUCGGCAGAGGUGGGUUUGGCGAGGUUGUCAAGGCUCAAAGUAAGGUCGGAAAGGGCGUGUACGCCAUCAAAAAAAUCAAGCCAGCAAUAGACAUGCUCGAUCAGGUUCUAUCGGAGGUGAUGCUUCUCGRGCGUUUGGUUCACCCCUACGUCGUGAGAUACUUCACAGCGUGGGUGGAGACGGAUGGUACAUAUCCAGAGGAUGCCAUCAGUGUAUCUGAAGAUGACAUAACAGAGAGCCAGAGCAUCGAAUUUGGGGCACCGAGCACUAGUCUGGACUUUGUGUCCUCCAGUGGCGCCGGCUUUGUGUUUGGAAGCGACUCCGAGGAUGAUUCUGACUCCGAGGACGACCAAGAUGACAAGACCGACACAGAUGAUGGUGAGGAUCCCUUCGAUCGUGGUGGCGAUCCCGAUGGCACAUCGACAGACAGUGAUGGAACAAACAUGCCUCGUGCACACACCCGACCAAAGAAGAAGGCUUCAGAUACUAGACGCCUGCCUUCGACUCUGUUUAUUCAGAUGGAGCUUUGCGAUCGUCGAUCUUUACGGAAUCWCAUCCAAAAGGGAAUCGAAGACGACGAUGCUUGGAAGAUUUUGCGCCAGAUCACUGAGGGUCUUGCUCACAUUCAUAGCGUUGGUAUAAUACACCGCGACUUGAAGCCCGAUAACAUCUUCAUUGACAGCUCCGGAAGUCCGAAGAUUGGCGACUUUGGUCUCUCCACCAUGGCCCAACAACAGGCACCCGAAGGACCAUCCGGAUCCAAAGGCGACGCCAGCAUGACACGGAGCGUUGGCACCGCGCUUUAUGUCGCCCCUGAGCUUCGAUCUUCGUCUGGCUCUGCAUAUACCGAGAAAGUCGACAUGUAUUCCCUUGGCAUCAUAUGCUUCGAGAUGUUUCAACCGUUUGGGACAUCCAUGGAAAGACUGGAGGAAUUGCAAAAGAUUCGAGAAGCUCGCCACACGCUGCCUAUCGCAUUUCAAGUCGGCGGGGAUAAAGCAAACCAAGGCAGGCUUAUCGACCGGCUGACGGUACAUAAAUCGAGCGAGCGGCCCAGCAGUGCCGAAUUGUUACACUCCGAUCUUCUACCCGUAAAGGUGGAAGGAGUGUUGAUUCGCGAAGCUCUGACCGGAAUCGCCGACCCGCAUUCUCCCUACCACCAGCAAUUGUUGUCGGCUUUGUUCUCGACAGACAGCUCUAGCUACCAACGUGCAAGAGCACUAGCGUGGGACUCCAAAGAUCCUAACUUGAAAGAUGCCUCCCGUUGGCACAUCAGGAAUACAGUGCGAAACGUUGUUGACACCGUCUUCAGACGUCAUGGCGCCGCAGAGAGCGAAGAAAGUGGACAGGUUUUCGUCUUUCCACGAUCGGAUCACUACACCAACGGCAACGUCGUGCAGCUGCUAGACUCCUCCGGUAAUCUUGUGCAGCUGGCGUAUGACAUGAUCUUACCGCACGCCCGUCGUCUGGCCCGGCAGAGGGAGGUUGUGAGAUGUAGCUUCACAUUUGGCGGCGCUGCCCGAGACACUUUCCACGGCUUGAGUMCAAAGGUCAGCGAGGAGGUCGACUUUGACAUUGUUAACGAUGCGCGCGACCGACCGCCCGAGCUUGCACGGAAUGAUGCCGAAGUCAUACGAACUGUGGACGAAUUGCUUUCAGAGCUGCCAUCGUUUGGGUCGUCAAUCAACGUGUGCUUCCAUAUGAGCCAUGGCAUUCUGAUCGACGCCAUACUCGAUUUCUGUCGUGUGCCGUUGACCUUACAACACACCGUCAAAGAUGUCCUUAGCAAGCUUGGAUUCAUCAACUGUGACUGGGCACAGACAAGAUCUCAGCUUCGGGUGACUGGACUUUCAGAUACUACCCUCGACGAUCUCAAGCUUUUUGACUGGCGCGAGAGCUCUGACAAAGCCUUCAAGCGUUUGCGGACAUUGUUCGAUCGUGGAAAGCCUGCGAUGAAAUCCAGAAGCGAAGAAGCUAUUGUUCAGCUGCAACAGAUUGUGGUGAAUAUGGGAGUGGUCGGAGUCACCCGCAAGGUCUAUAUUGCGCCUUUCGGCUGUUUCAACGCCAAGUUCUAUGCCACCGGGAUGAUGUUCCAGGCCGUUCUCGAGAAAAAGAAGAAUCGCCAGGUGAUUGCUGCUGGCGGACGGUACGAUAGUUUGAUCCAGUCAUUUCAGACUGGAGACGCCAUGGGAGGUGUUCGACAAGGAGCUGUAGGUGUGUGUAUCGGAAUCGACAAUCUUGUCGCACACCUCUCAAAGGCCAGUACGUCAGGCUCCAAGAAAGCGUACAUCCGGGAUCUGGAGCAGCACGCACAGCUUCCUAAGCGUGGUGAUGUGCUUGUUGUGGCCAKUGGCGGUUCAGAUGAGCUCCGUGUUGCAGGAUUCAAGAUUGUGGCGGCGCUGUGGGACAGCAACAUCAGCGCUGAGAUGUGCAGCGAAGAAGGCACGUUCCGCGAUCAAGACUACGCCUUUCUGGUACAUUUGAGACACGAAGCUUCGACAACCGUCCGUGUCACAGCCACGGACAAUGAGAAUGAGGAUACGGACGUCACCAUUCCGUCCCUUGUCCCUCAUCUUCAGCAAGAGCUACGUGAUCGGGCGCAUACCAAAGUUAGACAGCCUUUGCUACGAGCUCACUCGAGCCAACAUGAUAGCCAGCACAGCGUCCAAGUGCUGUACGCUCGUGUCGGGAGCAAGAAGGGCAACAAGUACGGAAUCGUCAACGAUACCAAACGACUGUGGUCGGAGUACCUCGACAGGAUCAAGGAUGCUCCUGCUCUGGCGAUUGAGACCAGAGAUGAUUUGUUGGACGUCAUACAGUCAACCCGACUGUCUGAUCCGGAGAGUUGGAAGAAGGCGGGGCAGAGCGUACCUGUGGGCGAUGGAGGAUAUUUCCACCAAGUCAAGGAAAUGCUCGAGUCGUGGCGCAGGGAUUGGCAAACGGRAGAUGGCUUCCGCGAGGCUUGCAUUUACAACUUUCGCAGCCAGCGGUGCAUCUUCUAUGACUUGGGCGCGUGA